AUGUAGAUGUCUGAAAGCGAAUUUUUUGCUGAUCUCAAAUACAGACUCGAUUAUCUAAAGAAGCAAGAGCUUAUGGGUGUUGAUAUUCAUGACAGAAACUUAGAGUCAAGUUAUUGUGAAUCAGAAAUUGACCCUGAAUUAGAUUCAAUAUUAACUAAACAAGGUUUGGUCAAAAAAAAAUAAUAGAUUCAGAAUCAAAACCAAUUAAGCAUGAAACUCAAGAUGCUCAAGAAUGUUAAGAUUAACUUCAAAGAACUCAGAAUCUAAGAUUUUGAAAUCCUUUCUACAUUAGGGACUGGAACUUUUGGCAGAGUUAGACAAGCCAAGAUCAAAGGAGAUCCUGAGAAUAAAGUUUAUGCACUCAAAAUUUUAAAAAAAACAGAAGUAGUUAGACUCAAUUAAGUUGAGCAUAUAAAAUCAGAAAAAGACAUUUUAACAUUCAUUGAGCAUCCUUUCAUAGUAAAAAUGAAAACAUCGUUUCAAGAUUAGUUCUACAUCUAUAUGUUAUUUGAAUAUAUUCAAGGAGGGGAAUUAUUUAGCAGAUUAAGAAAGGAAGGUCGAUUUGCCAAUGACGUUUGUUUGUUUUAUGCAACUGAAAUCUUGACUGCAAUCAUAUAUAUGCACAAAAUGUAAAUAAAAACUUGUUAAUAGCCAAGGAUGGCCAUGUUAAAAUUACUGAUUUUGGAUUUGCUAAAAAGAUAGGAAAUGGGAAGACAUUCACUUUAUGUGGCACUCCUGAGUAUUUGGCUCCUGAAAUCAUCAAAGGCUCCAAGGUUGGCUAUGGAAAGUCAGUGGAUUAGUGGGCUUACGGUAUAUUACUAUUUGAAAUGUUAUCAGGUUAUCCUCCAUUUUAUGAUGAAUGAACCCAUUGGAAUCUAUAAGAAGAUCUUGUCUGGACUUAUAGAAUUUCCUAAAUUCUUUGAUAAUAAGGUCAAAGAUCUGAUAAGAAAGCUUUUAAACCCAGAAAUAUAGAGUCGAUUAGGAUUUAAUGAUAAUUAGAAUGGAGAGUCAAUCAAGAAGCAUAAAUGGUAUAGGGGGGUGGAUUGGACACGUGUAGAAAAUAGACAGAUUCCUCCUCCUUGGGUCCCUUAUUUAAGAUCAGAGGAUGAUGUCUUUUGGUUUGAGAAGUAUCCUGACUCUACUGAUGCUCCCAAGUAAUUGCCUCGUGAACUUUAACAUAUGUUUGAUGAUUUUUGA